AUGACUCCAUCCCCAAAGGCCCUUCAGAACCCCGAAGGCCAAACACUGCUAGUCAAGCACUUCGAGACUCGUACUGCCUUUUGGGAUCGAGGCAUGCCUUCCCCGGCAUUAAUCGAUAUCCUCGAGGGGAGGCAGGAUCUGCUGAACCCGUUUACUGCCGAUGGGAGGAGGAAGAGGGCGCUUGUUCCUGGAUGUGGCAAAGGCUACGAUGUCGUUAUGCUGGCACUCCACGGGUUUGAUGUCUUUGGCCUCGAGGUUUCGGAGACGGGCGCGGAGGUCGCGAGGGAGUAUGCUCGGGCUGAAUUUCAAAGUCCAAAGGAGUAUAAUUUUGGUUCUUCUUCUUCUUCUUCUGGAGUGGAGGCGGGACAGGUGGCGAUUAUUCAAGGAGACUUUUUCAAGAAGGAAUGGAAAAAUAGGGUGAGGUUUGAUUUGAUUUAUGAUUAUAUGUUCCUCUGUGCAAUUCAUCCAACUAUGAGGCGCCAGUGGGCGGGUAGAAUGGCUGAUUUGCUGGCUCCUACGGGUCACCUUCUGCCUGGUCCGCCUUGGGGGUUGAAUGGGGUGCAUUGGAAUUUGUUGGCGGCGGGCGGGGAUGGGAUUGUUGGUGUUGGUGAGAAUGUAGAAGGGGAAGAGAAGGGAGCGUUUACACGAUUAUUGUAUGUGAAGCCUGGGUGGUCGUAUGCGAAUGGGAAGGAGACGGAUAUGUUGAGCGUUUAUAUUAAGAAGACUUUCUAG